GUUCCGCAAUUUAAUGGCUAAUUAUUUAUUGACGGCGCAUUAUGGCUGAUAAGUUUAAUGGUUUUAGCCAGGAUGAAAUUAUAAAGAUAACUGGAGUGAAGCAGAAUGGUAGGCCAAGUGCUGAAGCAAUGAAGCAAGCUCUGAAGCUGCCCGGCAUAAGGCGCAUGCCCGAUAAGAUUUCCGGGAAAGCUGAACAGUUGAAAAGGCAACAAUCUCAGCAUUCACAGCAACAUCAACAAGUUGCAGCAACAACAGCCAAGGCCAAACCAUUAGCAGCUUCCGCUCCAGCCCCCGCACCAGUUGAAGCGAUCGUCGCUGAUGACGUCAGGAAAGAAGAUUCGCUGAACUUGGAACGCGAUCUAUCUGACUCACUUGUCCAAGCUCUUUACUGCGGUUCUGUGCAACCAACAGCUCGACAACAGAAUGGAAAAAAUGCAGCCACGUCGGCAGAGGGCACUGACGGUGAAGUCACAGAUGAUAGCUCAAUAUUAAAGAUGAGCAAAAACACGACUGCCACGGAUGAUGAUGCCAGUAUACUGCCAAGUUCAAAGGACUCCAAUGGGGAUAGGUUAAACACAGACUCACCCUUCAAGGGUAUUUCGUUGAAGGAUUUCGAGCAGCAUAGAAAAAUGAUACAGGAACAGAACAAGCAGAAAAAACAAAUGCUUUACGAAGCCAUUGAACAGCAUACUCAAAAAACUGCCGCCGAGUCGCGUAAAAUUGAAGAAAUACGACACGAACUCUCGAAGCUGGAGAGCGAUCUGGCUGUUGAUGUUGCACUGCUGCGAAAGCAAAUCGACAAUGCCUCUUUACAUUUCGCCACAGUAGAAAAACAAUACAUAAAAAUUGAGGCUCAGUUUCUCAAGGCAAAAAUGGAUUUGCACAGUGCAUCGGAGAAAAAAGAAUUGCUUACGGAGCAUUUGUGCACUGUUAUAGCUCAUAAUGAGGAUCGAAAAGCUCAAAAAUUGACGGAACUAAUGCAAAAAGUGGGAUUGGCGCCAACAGAUGAGCCAAUAGAAAUGCCGGAACAUUAGCGAAUAUAGUAAAUAGCUUAAACAUCGCAAAACUAAGUUUCAAUGUUUUAUGAUAUUAUUGUCUAUUUUAUUUAAUAGUUUAAGUCAAACAGUGCAAAUCGCAAUAAUAACAUUGUAUUUAAAAUCAUUUGAA